CUCAAGGCACGCCAUAUGCAUGUAGAGCAGGUCGCCGAGGGCCUCGGGGCUGCACCCAGUCUGGUGCUUGGGGCACGUGAUGCCAAGGGGCUUGGGAAAACUGAGGCCGCUGUGAGAAGAACAGCACUGACCGGCCCUGCGGCAGUUUGUGGCCACAAGAGGGCGCCCCAGAGCACGGCCCGGCCCCCCGCACAAGGCCGGGCCACAUCCCUGCUUUCCCGCCCCAGCCCCUUCCCAGUUUCCCCGCCCCAGUCCCCAUUCGCCGCCAGCACUCGCCAGCCUUCUAUCUGCUCGGGCCCACGCAACUCCCCAGGCACUGCACCAGCACAGCGGCAGUAUGGCAGGCGUGGAGCAGCAGGAGGGCACCAUCCAGGUCUGGGGCGCUCCAAGGAAGCAGCAGCCCCUGCCCCUGUCGGGGAGCUGGUCCCCAGCAGCUUCUUAGCAGCUGUGGUGGAUGCCUUGGAGCUGGGCGCCCCAGUUGUGAUCAGCCCGUCGCUGAGUGGCAUGUACUCCCUGCCCUUCCUCACGGCCCCUGGCUCCCAGCUCCGGGGCUAUGUGCCAGUGGCCCCCAUCUGCACUGACAAGAUCAAUGCUGCCGACUAUGCUAGUGUGAAGACCUCAGCUCUUAUUGUAUAUGGAGACCAGGACCCCAUGGGUCAGACCAGCUUUGAGCACCUGAAGCAGCUGCCCAACCACCGGGUGUUGGUCAUGGAGGGGGCGGGGCACCCUUGUUACCUUGACAAACCUGAGGAGUGGCAUACCCGGCUGCUGGAUUUCCUGCAGGGGCUGGCAUAAGGCGCAGCCCUGCUGAUGGGGUGGGCUGCUUGCCUGCCUGAGGCUCUCUCUCUCCAUGGGUUCCUGCUUAUCAUGCACAUUCAACAGGUGUGUCUGUUUGUCUAUCUGGGUACUUGUCUUUGGGGGUCUAUCUGUCUUUUUCUUUUGCUUUUUCUCUUGCAGUGAUAGACUGAGGAGGUGAAAUCAAGAGAAAACAACUCAGGAAUCAAGGGACGUGAUCUGAUGGAGGGUAACCCGUUAGAUGAGCUUCUGCUAUAAGGCUUUCCUGCUAGGCUGUACUCCUUCCUCUGUUCUGCCCAGCCUCCCCCUCCUACCUCCCACCUCCUCCUUUGGCUGCUCUACAGCCCUUACCCCUCCUCUUAGGUCACAGAUACCUACAUGCUCACAUGCAUCUUUACAUAUGUUCCCAAAUAUGACCCAAUAACAUAGGUACAUGUACCUCUGACUGCCAUGCAUGCUCAGGUGCAGUUUUGCAUUGCAUAUACAGAUACACAUGCAUACUUGUGCUGCCACACAAGCACUUGCACAGGCACGCGUGACUUCCCAACCAUGCAGCACCCCACUGUCUGGAAAGGUGGGGACCCCAUGGGCCAGCCCUUGCAGGAGAUCCUCUGCCAAGCUUAGGAUAUGGCCUAUGCUGAACUCCAUUCAACCACAGGUUGCAGCUGACCCCAGAUCAGAGUUGCCCCCCAAAAAGAGAGUAUUACCCCUUUGACCCUCAGAUUUCCCUGCUUUUCCUCCUCGUUCUGAAUGCUCCGCACUUCCCCAAGUUAUUAGGCCUGGGUUUUCUCAGCUAAGCUUGUUUCCUGCUCUGAGGUUUGGGGGGUGGGGAGGAGAGUGGAGGUCGGUGAAAUAAAGUGAUGCAAUUAGACCCCA